AUGAUGCAGAAAGGAUUCCAGCUAGAACGGGAAACUGUCUGUUGUUCAAUCUGUUUGGAUCUACUGAGGGAUCCAGUGACUGUUCCCUGUGGACACAACUACUGCAUGAGCUGCAUCAAAACCCACUGGGACACCGAGGAUGAGAGGGGAAUCUACAGGUGUCCUCAGUGUAUGCAGCUCUUCACGCCCAGGCCCGUCCUGGUGAAAAACACCAUGUUAGCGGUUAUAGUGGAGGGAGUGAAGAAGACUGGAUUUCAAGAUGUCCUUGCUGAUCACUGCUUUGCUGGACCUGAAGAUGUGGCCUGUGAUGUCUGCACCGGGAGAAAACUGAAAGCCUGCAAGUCCUGUCUGUUCUGUGUCAUCUCCUUUUGUGAGGAACAUCUUCAGCCUCACUAUGACUCUCCUGCCUUUUCCAAACACGAGCUGGUGGAGCCGUCCAGGAAGCUCCAUGAGUACGUCUGCCUUCAUCACAACGAGGUGAUGAAGAUGUUCUGUCGCACUGAUCAGCGGUCCAUCUGUGGUCACUGUUUAAUGGACGACCACAAAGGCCACGACACGGUCUCAGCUGCAGCAGAAAGGGCCGAGAGGCAGAAAGAGCUCAAGGUGAGUCGACGAAAGAUCCAGCAGAGAAUCCAGGACAGAGAAAAAGAUGCAAAGUUGCUUCAAGAGGAAGUGGAAGCUAUCAAUCGCUCUGCUGAUAAAGCAUUGGAUGACAGUGAUAAGAUUUCCAAUGAGCUGAUGCUUCUCAUGGAGAGAAGACGCACUGAAGUGAAGCAGGAGGUCAGAUCCCAGCAGGACACGGAAGUGAGGAGAGUCAAAGAGCUGGAGCAGAAGCUGGAGGAGGAGAUCGCAGAGCUGAAGAGGAAGGACACUGAGCUGGAGAAGCUCUUUCUCACAAAGGAUCACAACCACUUUCUGCACGACUACCCAUCACUGUCACGACUCGGCGAAUCUACAGACUCAUACAGCAUAAACAUCCGUCCUGUGAGCUACUUUGAAGACGUGGCAGCUGCUGUGAAAGAAGUCGGAGAUAGACUACGAGACAUUCUGAGUGAGAAAUGGACAAAGGUCUCACAGUCAGUGACUGAGGUGGAUGCUUCACUGUCGCAGCCAGAGCCCAAAACCAGAGCAGAGUUCUUACAGCAUGCAUGUGACAUCACAAUAGAUCCAAACACAGCUAACACCUUUCUGCUGUUGUCCAAUGGGAACAGAAAAGCAACAGUGAUGAGUAAACAGCAGUCUUAUUGUGGUCACCCAGACAGAUUCACCGGGUGGUGUCAGGUCCUGAGUGAAGAGACCCUGAGGGGGCGCUGUUACUGGGAGGUGGAGUGGAAAGGUGAGGGAGUUUGUGUGACAGUUGCAUACAGGAGCAUCAUGAGAGGAGGGCGAUCCAAUGAAUGCAGAUUUGGAAACAAUGAAAAGUCAUGGGCUUUAGAUUGUUACAACAACAGCUAUAACUUUUGGUUCAAUAAUAUUAAAACAUACGUGUCGGGGCCUCGGUCUUCUAAAGUCGGAGUGUACCUGGAUUACGACGCAGGUGCUCUGUCCUUCUACAACAUCUCUGAGACCAUGACUCUCCUCCACAGAGUCCACACCACAUUCACUGAGCCUCUACAUGCUGGACUCAGGUUUUAUUAUGUUGAAGUCAGCGCUGGGUUCUGUGAGCUCAAACAAACAGACAAACUUGAGUUUUAG